AGGGGAGGGGAGGGGAGCGCUGCUGCCGCCCUCCGGCACCGGAGCAGCGGGCGGGCGGGCGGAGGUGCUACUCCGAACUCGUGUUUUAAACCCGCUGCGCAAGAAAUGUGAUGGCUCAGUCAGAUUUAGAUCUAAAAGAGGCGGUUCUGAGAGAAGAUUUGAAGUUUUACUUCAUGAACCCAUGUGAAAAAUACAGAGCAAGACAUCAAAUACCAUGGAAACUGGCUUUGCAGAUUUUGAAGAUACUUAUGGUUACUACACAGCUUAUUUUUUUUGGUUUGAGUAACCAGUUGGUGGUCUCAUUCAAAGAGGAAAACACUAUUGCUUUUAAACACCUAUUCCUGAAAGGCUAUUCUGGAGUUGAUGAAGAUGACUACAGCUGCAGUAUAUAUACACAACAGGAUGCUUAUGAUAGCAUUUUUUAUGUUAUUAAUCAGUACAGGCAAUUAAAGAACAUAUCCCUGGGGACGCUUGGUUAUGAACAUGAAGGAUCAGGUUUAAAAAUCUGUAAACAACAGUACAAGAAAGGCACAAUGCUUACUUCCAAUGAUACACUGAACAUAGAUGUUUCAACUGAAACAGAAUGUAUCUUUUUAAAGCCACAGGAGCUAGCUGGUAAGAAUGCUGAACUGAAGCUGAACUCCUCUUUUUUCAGUCUUGAAUUUUACAGGCUUAUACAGGUUGAAAUCUCCUUCAAGCUGAAAGGCAUUGCUCUACAGACAAUCCAUGCCCGUGAAUUGCCUGACUGCUAUGCAUUUCAAAAUACUAUAACUUUCAAUAAUAGAGCCCACAGUGGAAAAAUCAAAAUCUAUUUUGAUAGUGACACUGAUAUUCAAGAAUGCAAAGACUGGCACAUAUUUAGCUCUGUUCUCCAGAAAAACACUCAGUAUAUUCUAGUCUUUGAUGGAUUUGUCAUUUUAAGUUGCUUUGCUUCUCUCAUCCUCUGCACGCGAUCCAUUGUUCUUGCCUUAAGACUACAAAAGAGAUUUGUGAACUUCUUCUUGGAGAAAUAUAAGCGUCAUGUCUGUCACGCUGAUCGCCUGGAGUUCAUAAAUGGAUGGUAUGUCCUGGUAAUUAUCAGUGAUGUGAUGACAAUCAUUGGGUCAAUCCUAAAAAUGGAAAUAAAAGCCAAGAACCUCACAAGUUACGAUGUCUGCAGCAUUUUACUUGGAACAUCAACUUUGUUUGUCUGGGUUGGAGUCAUCAGAUACCUGGGAUAUUUUCAAACCUACAAUGUGCUCAUUUUAACUAUGCAGGCAUCAUUGCCCAAAGUGCUAAGGUUUUGUUGUUGUGCUGGGAUGAUUUAUCUUGGUUAUACUUUCUGUGGUUGGAUUGUCCUGGGACCUUAUCAUGAAAAGUUUGAAGAUCUGAACACGGUGGCUGAGUGUCUGUUUUCUUUGGUCAACGGUGAUGAUAUGUUUGCAACAUUUGCUCAAAUCCAGCAGAAGAGCAUGCUGGUGUGGGUGUUCAGUCGAUUAUAUCUGUACUCCUUCAUUAGUCUGUUUAUAUACAUGAUCCUCAGCCUUUUUAUUGCACUCAUUACCGACUCCUAUGACACCAUAAAGAAAUACCAACAAAGUGGGUUUCCAGUAACAGAUCUACAUGAAUUUCUAAAAGACCAUGGCAGUGUUCAUUAUGGAAAAGAACAGACUUCCAUGCCAUUCAUCUGCUGCUCUAGGAGACAACAGAGUGAUGACAACUUGAUACUUAUUAAUUGAUGAUUACAGCUGAAAUUCACCACUAACGUGCAAAGAAAGCAUAGCUGUAUGGAGAAGAAGAAUUCUCCAAAUUGCAGUGAAACUCGCUAUCUGGACCUGCCUCAUUGUGAACAGACUAAUCUUACCUAAUUAAGGUGUUGGGGGAAGAAAAGCUGCUAGUGUGAUAUCAGCUGGCUGACCAGGAGGAGAGCCCAGAAACUGCGUCUGGAGGAGACCUAUGAAAAACCCUGUAUUCUUGCCCCAAGUUCUGUCACAUUAAAAAAGGCUGAUCCUUGA